CGCUCGCAGUCCUUAUCCGUUUUAGCCCACUGUUCCCGCUAUCCGUGUAUAUAGUUCCAAGCCUUGCUUACGCAAAACCAGAAAAAGGGGUAGAAGGGGGAGGGCGAGCGGAAGGAGAGAGAAAUGCUGAGAUCCGUUGCUAUCCGAGUUCCAUCUUCCUCUUUUGCUGCGAGAUUUCUAGUGGAGACCGACGCCGUCGAUCUUUCGCAGGCUCGGCCGCGGAGAUCGAGCGUGGGGUGCAACGCGCAGAGGAGCGACGCCUCCAUCCCCAAGCUCGAGCCCUUCAGCAGGAGCCGGAUCGACAGGCUGAUCAAGGAGCCUUCUUUCUUGCAGAAAUGCGAGAACGACCUCACAGAUUACUGCUCAACACUUGAAGGCGAUGAGUCCUACAGCUGUUGGAGGGCCUACUUCGAACUUAAAGAUCUCGAGAAGGAGAUGCCAAAAGAAGAUGUGGAGAAGCUGGUGAGGCAAGCUGGUGGAGUGAAGUCCCUAAUCGACUGUUUACAUGGGAUCACAGCAAUGCAGAAGAAGAAAGAUAAAGAAGUCCGAAAUCCCACAUCAUUAAAAUCAGAGACACAAAGGGAAAGACCUUUCCCUGUGCCUGAUGGACUACCCAAGACCGCUGAAGAGCUGGAAGAAGAAGAAAAAGCUAGAAUGCCGGACUCUCCUUUCACCAGGCUUCUUAGAAGGAGGGGUAGACUUCCUGCAUGGUAUACACAACCCCCAGAUCAUGAAACCGAUUGAAGUGUUCCUUGUGUUAGUGACUGAAUCAUUGUAUAUAAACUUGUCCAUGUAUAUGUUUUUGCCUCUUAAAGUUGGGGUCCUUGUGGGUCUAGAGAGGUAGUGAGUAUAUAUUUUUCAUGUGAAGUGCUCAGAAAACCAGGUAAUAUUUUGUUUUCUGUAUAAAGGCUACCUUAUCUGGCUAAUAUGAAUUUAUUUUGGUGCGCAACUCUACAGCUGCGGAUUCA